AUGUGGGUGUCCCUGGGCAUGGUCUGGCUCCUUGCACUUGGGGGACCUCACCAGGCCUGGAGCAUCUGUCCCUCUCAAUGCAGCUGCAGCCUGCACACCUUGAGUGACGGCAGCAAGGCCAGGACAGUGGUGUGCAGCGACCCUGACUUGACGCUGCCCCCAGCCUCAGUUCCUCCGGACACCUGCAGGUUGCGCCUGGAGCGAACCGCCAUACGCAGGGUGCCUGGAGAGGCCUUCAGGUCUCUCAGCCGCCUGGAGCAGCUAUGGCUGCCUUACAACGCUCUCAGCGAGCUCAGCGCCCUCAUGCUCAGGGGGCUGCGUCGCCUACGAGAGCUUCGUCUGCCUGGGAACCGCCUGGCUGCUUUCCCCUGGGCGGCGCUCAGGGAUGCUCCACAGUUGCAGCUGCUGGACCUGCAGGCCAAUCGCUUGUUGACCUUGCCACCUGAGGCUGCGCACUUCCUGGAGAACCUUACUUUCCUGGACCUCUCCAACAACCACUUGAUGAGGCUACCUCUGGAGCUGCUGGACACCUGGGCUCACCUGAAGACCGGACCCUUCCUUUCCGGCCACCGUGCCAGGCUAGUCCUAGGGCUCCAGGACAACCCCUGGGUAUGUGACUGUCGACUCUAUGGCCUAGUUCAUCUCCUAGAAGGCUGGGCUUUAAACUUGGUCUUCAUCGAGCCUAGACUGAGGUGCGCCAGCCCACGCACCCUGGCUGGGGUGGCCUUCAGCCAGCUGGAGCUGAGAAAGUGUCAGAGCCCAGAGCUCCGUCCAGGGGUGACCAGCAUCAUGUCCCCCUUGGGUAGCACGGUAUUGCUACGCUGUGGAGCAACUGGGAUCCCAGGUCCUGAGAUGAGCUGGAGGAGAGCCAAUGGACGCCCACUCAAUGGCACAGUGCACCAGGAAGUUUCCAGUGAUGGCUCAAGCUGGACUUUGCUGGAUCUGCCUGUUGUAUCUCUCUUCGACUCAGGAGACUACAUCUGCCAGGCCAAGAACUUUCUAGGGGCUUCUGAAACUCUUAUCUCCUUGAUUGUCACUGAACCCCAGACUUCUACAGAAUAUAGUGGGGUUCCGGGGGUCCCGUGGCCAAGGACAGGAGAGGGGGCAGAAGCUGCUGCUUACAACAACAAGCUGGUGGCCAGGCAUGUCCCCCAUAUACCGGAACCUGUAGCUCUGGCUACCAAGCCCUCGGCACCCGUAAAGGAGGGGUUGGAGCUCCAGCACUUACAGAUGGAUGUCCCAGGAGAGUUCUCCAGAGAGCGAGCAGAACCCCAGGGGGUCCAGAUGGUCAGGUCUCUCAAGGUGGUGGGAGAUACUUACCACAGUGUGUCGCUGGUGUGGAAGGCCCCUCAAGCUCAGAACACGAUGGCCUUUAGUGUCCUUUAUGCCGUCUUUGGGCAGCGUGACAUGCGGAGGAUGACUGUGGAGCCUGGGAAGACUAGUGUCACCAUCGAGGGGCUUGCUCCAAAGACCAAGUAUGUGGCAUGUGUCUGUGUGCAGGGCCUGGUGCCUACGAAGGAACAGUGUGUCAUCUUCUCUACUGACGAGGUGGUAGAUGCAGAGGGCACCCAGCGGCUCAUCAACAUGGUGGUGAUCAGCGUGGCAGCCAUUAUCGCCCUGCCUCCCACCCUGCUGGUUUGCUGCGGGGCUCUCCGAAGACGCUGCCAAAAGUGCCGCACUGGGGGCUCCGCGGAGGCAUCCGGUGCCUAUGUUAACUUGGAAAGACUGGGCCACAGCGAGGAUGGCUCAGAGGAGUUGUCCCGGAGCAGCCUCAGUGAGGCGGACAGGCUUCUCUCAGCGCGCUCCAGCCUGGACUCCCAGCUCUUGGGAGUCAGGGGUGGCCGACGCAUCAAUGAGUACUUCUGCUGA